UGGGUCGUUUGGGCGGCGCUGCGCAAAACGCGUUGCGCGAGGCCGACACAGUGCACUCAUCACACCAAAGCAGCGCGACAGCAGCCCCGGCCCCCGCGCUACUCCAUCGCACGAAAGGGCUGCGUCCCAACCGGGCCCACGAGCACUGCUCACCACCUCCACGCCAUCGAGCAGACGCAGCGUACCAAGAUGCCCCUCCGCGACUUUGCGAUAUUACACAAGCUCGGCAAGGGCACGUUCGGUACGGUCUACAAAGUACGGCGCCAUGAAGACAAGCAGCUCUACGCGAUGAAGCGCGUCAAACUGUCCAAUAUGCCCGAUGUGGAGGUCGCCGACGCCUUGAACGAGGUGCGCGUGUUAGCGUCGGUCAAACACGCGAACGUUUGUGGCUUCUUGGAGGCGUUCUGCGAAAGUAGUGAGCUAGUGGUUAUUAUUGACUUCUGCGAACGAGGUGACCUGUCGCAACGAAUCGACCGAGCGAAACGGGGAAGAAGAUUGAUUGACGAAGGUCAAAUACGAAGCUGGCUCCGGGGCAUCGCGAGCGGUCUACAAUGUCUCCACAGCCAUGGCAUCGUGCACCGCGAUUUGAAGCCGGCGAACUGCUUCAUCGCUGACAACGACAUCGUAAGGCUGGGCGACUUCAACGUCUCGAAAGUCCUCAAGAAGAACCAGUGUCUCAUGAAGACGAAGAUCGGCACGCCUUAUUAUAUGGCGCCCGAGGUCUGGGACGACCGGCCCUACACGUGGUCGGCGGACGUCUGGGCCCUGGGAUGUACGGCGUAUGAGUUGUGUGCCUUGCGGCCGCCCUUCGUGGCUCGGUCGUUGCCGGGCUUGGGUCGGGUCGUGAAAUCUGGAAAAUUUGAUGCUCUACCUCGUACCUAUUCCAAGGAGCUGCGCGACGAUGUUGUUGGUGUUUCUUUAUGUGUAAGUCCACAACGACGACCGUCCGCCCAAAAGUUAGCUCAAGUGCUUGGGUCAACUGUCUCUCCACAGGAUUCGGUCGCGACCGAUGUCUCACUGUUGAAAACUAUCAAGGUACCGAAUAACCGGCAAUUGAUCGGCAAAGUAUUGCCAGAAGCGCAGUACGACGAGCCGCGGUCGCCGAUCGCGUGGGAGGAGAAAAAACAAUUUCCGGACCCGCGGAAAAAAGCUUUAUUGGACUUCGGCCGGAAGAUCGAGCAGAGCAAAGCGGCCGCCGCGCCGCAAGCGCCCGCCGCGCCCGCCGCGGAGGACGCGCCGUCGCCGACGUGGGCCGAGCGGCGCAAAAUGCUUGAAAAGAAGUCGGCGGCGCUGGACGCGCGCCGGGCCGAGAUUGCCAGAAGGGCGGCGCCGCGCGACGAGCACCUGCGCGACUCGUCGCUGGAGCGUCAUGAAAAAAGAUGCCGGAGCCGGCGCGGCCGCCGCGCGAAGCCC